AUGGAUACAUUCGAAAACACACACAAUUCCCUUCGUUCUCACCCCGACACACACAACCCCCUUCUUUCUCACCCCGACACACACAACCCCCUUCCUUCUCACCCCGACACACACAAUCCCCUUCCUUCUCACCCCGACACAACACACACAAUUCCCUUCGUUCUCACCCCGACACACACAACCCCCUUCUUUCUCACCCCGACACACACAACCCCCUUCCUUCUCACCCCGACACACACAAUCCCCUUCCUUCUCACCCCGACACACACACAACCCCCUUCCUUCUCACCCCGACACACACAAUCCCCUUCCUUCUCACCCCGACACACACACAACCCCCUUCCUUCUCACCCCGACACACACAAUUCCCUUCCUACUCACCCCGACACACACAACCCCCUUCCUUCUCACCCCGACACACACAACCCCCUUCCUUCUCACCCCGACACACACAAUCCCCUUCCUUCUCAUCCCGACACACACACAACCCCCUUCCUUCUCACCCCGACACACACACAAUCCCCUUUCUUCUCACCCCGACACACACAACCCCCUUCCUUCUCACCCCGACACACACAACCCCCUUCCUUCUCACCCCGACACACACAAUCCCCUUCCUUCUCAUCCCGACACACACACAACCCCCUUCUUUCUCACCCCGACACACACAACCCCCUUCCUUCUCACCCCGACACACACACAACCUCCUUCCUUCUCACCCCGACACACACAAUUCCCUUCCUUCUCACCCCGACACACACACAACCCCCUUCUUUCUCACCCCGACACACACAACCCCCUUCCUUCUCACCCCGACACACACACAACCUCCUUCCUUCUCACCCCGACACACACAACCCCCUUCUUUCUCACCCCGACACACACAACCCCCUUCCUUCUCGCCCCGACACACACAACCCCCUUCCUUCUCACCCCGACACACACACAACUCCCUUUCAACUCACCCCGACACACACACACAACCCCCUUCCUUCUCACCCCGACACACACAAUUCCCUUCCUACUCACCCCGACACACACAACCCCCUUCCUUCUCACCCCGAC